CACAGUCGGUGAAGGCCAAGGUAUUAGCUCAGUCACUCGGUGCUUCCUCUUUCAGCUUACGCGCGCGCGGGUUCGCCGAUCCCGGCUUAGUUCCGCCACUUCCGUAUCCUCUCGCCACGCGCCUUCCACUCAUUCCGCGAGCUUUUCCGCCGUCGGAUUUUCACGCAGUUUCCAUCGGCUUCACUUUUGUGGCGCGAAAAAUCACCGUUGCUCAAGUGUUAUUUUUUGGCCGGCCUUCUCAUACUGGAUUUCCCUCAGUUUCCAAAGAUCGUGCAAGUUACGUACUGUCGUCGCUCCAUUUGGUUUACUCAAGUUUCAAGUGUCCGUUCCUGAAUUUUUGGCGAGGUUGCCCGGAGAUUAUAUCCAGGAUCGUCGACGAAAAACGUCAGCGAGUUUCAUUGCUGAUAUCAGAAACGAAAUCAACAUUUAAGAUUACAAAGCGGAAAUAAAUCUGAGAUUUUCACAAUAAGGGCCAAUUGAGAGUUAGGAAGUGGACUUGGGCGAGAGCGCGGGAGCGCGGCGUGGUCUUGGGCUGGGGUCUCUGGCUGGGACGUUGCAUGCGAUGGCCGAUCGUCACCUCGGAUGGGCCCUGCUCCUGACGGCGGCUAUAUCCCUGCUGCCCGCGCCGGCCUCGCCCCAGGAGACGGUGCAGGGCCCCGGGUUCGCGGCCAAGGCCUCCACGCUGGCGGCCACGACGCUCGGCCCCUCCACGACGGCGGCCCGCGACCGGGGCAAGACCGGCACGGAAGCCGCCCCCGGGGCCGGCGUCGCCGACUGUGAGCCGGACAUGAUCGGCUUCGAGCUCGUCACCGGCUACGUCUUCACCGCCCCCGACGACCUCCUCGACUCCAUCCCCGGCACCCUCAUGCUCACCGACUGCCUCGAGGCCUGCCAGAACAACGACACUUGCCACUCCGUCAACUACGAGACGGGGCUUUGCGUCAUGUUCUCCUCCAACGCCGACAAAUACCCAGGGGCGCUGACGAAGUCCCAGUUUCCAGUGUUCACAAUCUACGCGCAGAAGAGCUGCUUGGGCGUGAAGCCGUGCGAGCGCGCAUGGUGCUUCGACAGGGUGCAGGCGCACCGACUCAACGGCUACGUACAACGGCAGCAGACUGCAGGCUCCCGACAGGAGUGUCUCGAGCUCUGUCUCGGCGAACGGGAAUUCCCUUGCAGGUCGGCGAAUUUCAACAACGUGACGGGAGUGUGCGAGCUGUCGGACAUGGACCGGCUGACGGUGGCCGGGCACAGCGCCUUCGAGGCUGCGACGGACAGCGAGUACCUGGAGAACAACUGCGUCGAGGUCCCAGUGAAGCUCUGCGAGUUCAAGAAGCUCACCGGACGGAUCCUCAAGACGGUGGACUCGGUCUACCAGGAGGUCGGCUCCGUCGACGAGUGCCGCGAACUCUGCCUCAACUCCCCGUACAGGUGCCACUCCUACGACUACGGCGACACCGGCGACCUCGUCUGCAGGCUCAGCCACCACUCCAGAGCCACCCUAUCCGACAUUCAGGACCCGUAUUUGAACGUGGCGGAGGCCUCGACGUACGAGCUGAGCGCGUGCUACAACGUGACGAUCGACUGCCGAGCGGGCGACAUGGUGGCGCGGAUCAAGACCUCGAAGCUCUUCAACGGGAAGAUCUACGCCAAGGGCAGCCCCAACUCCUGCGUCAAGGACGUGCGGGAGAGCCUCGACUUCGAGCUGGAGAUGGCCUACGACGACGUGGAGUGCAAUGUGAAACACCAAGGGCUCGGGCGGUACCUCAACGAUGUCGUCAUCCAACACCACGACACCAUCGUCACCAGCUCUGAUCUGGGGCUCGCCGUUACCUGCCAGUAUGACCUCACCAACAAGACCGUCUCCAAUGAGGUCGACCUCGGCGUCCAGGGCGAUGUCAAGGCUGCCAUGACCGAGGAGGUGAUCGUGGACUCGCCGAACGUGGCGAUGAAGAUCACGGACCGAGCCGGCGAGGACAUCAAGGCCUCCGCGGAGGUGGGCGACCCGCUGGCGCUCAGGUUCGAGAUCCUCGACAGGAACAGCCCGUACGAAAUCUUCGUUCGGGAGCUCGUUGCCAUGGACGGAGUCGACUCCAGCGAGAUCGUUCUCAUCGACGCCGACGGCUGUCCCACCGACCACUUCAUCAUGGGACCCCUCUACAAAUCCUCCGACUCAGGAAAGAUCCUGCUCUCGUACUUCGACGCCUUCAAGUUCCCGUCAUCGGAAGUGGUGCAGUUCCGGGCGCUGGUGACGCCGUGCAUGCCGACCUGCGAGCCGGUGCAGUGCGACCAAGAGGACGCGUCGGGCGAACUCCGCUCGGUCAACUCCUUCGGUCGGCGACGCCGCCGAAGACGCGACACGACGACGACGACCUCCCGCGACGACCUCCUCCUCGUCGAGACGAUCCAGAUCACGGACAAGUUCGGGUUCAACCGGGAGAAGCGCAACUACAACGCCACCUCGGCCUUCUUCAGCGAAGACCCGAGCAGUCCGGAGGGUCUCUGCGUCAACCUGGCCGGCGUCCUCGUCUCGGGGGCUGUCCUCGUCGCCGUCCAGGUCGUCGUCCUCCUGGCGUGGUCCUACGUCUGGCAACGCCGGAAAACCAACCCCGGGCCCUCCAUCAACCUGGGCCUCGGCCUCGGCUUCAACCACGUGGCCCGGACCGACAGCCUCUGCAAGCUCUACGACGUCAGCUACGGCCACGGGCGGAGGUACUGAGCCCAUGCGUUGCCAUCACUAGAAAUGCCAUUGCCCCUUCCCCUUGUCUCCCCUCCCACGUGAAUUUUAGCUCCCUCCCCCUCCCCCUGCGCCCUCCCGCCGAGCCGGUUGCCGGGCACGCCGACUGUGAUAGUUAUGGGAAACCUCCGUUUCUCUCGCAGAGUGAAGAGUGGCUGGGAGCCAUUCGUCAUGUCACCGAGAAAGUUUGCCGACUUUCGGCCAAGUCAUACAAUUUUCAGAUUUAACAUUGAAAUGUUUCUAGAAAUUUCCCCGCAUUCGUUGAGCAAGAAAUUUGACACAAAUUUUAAGUUUUGGGCUAGACACUCGUAUUUCUUGAUGCCAUUCAAAUUUUAGCCUCGCAGUAUAAAGUAUGGUUAUACCUAAACUGGAAAAUUAACUAAUCCUUUGAAAAAUUUUACAAUUAGGGGGUGUGGUAGUAAAAUGAAGCGGUAAAAUGCUAUCUGAGAGAACCAGAGAAAUAUCCAGGACCUAAAAUGUGAUUACCAAAAAAAAACCAAAAUUCACGUAAUUCAGCUUGCUGCACCUAAGAUUCCAAAAAAAUUCAUUGAUAAGGAUUGCUAGGGUAUUUUUGAGGGAUUUCUGUAUUGCUACAGAGCAGACAUACAGCCCUGUUACAAAAUUGAUCUGCUAUUUCAUUAGGUAGUCACCAUCUCUCCACCUAUGAAAAAAACCUAAGAGGAAACCCGACGUUGCUGCAUUAAACAGACGGUAAAUGAUGGCUUAAAAUCUAAAGUUUACGAAACAUUUCAAUGAAAAUUUCAGUAAUAUUUUCCGACAAAGUGACAAAAAUGCGAGUGAAGACAAAUUUUCCCGUGAACAGGAGAACCCUGCCCUAAAACCGGUGCUCUAGGUACAAAUCAGCAUGACUGAUUCAAGGUAGCAAUGGAGAUUUCGUUCUGAUCAAGUCAAUGAACUAAAAAUUGAGGUGAAAAUCGGGCUGGAUGGAAAUUUCCCACCGUGUUUAUGAUUCCUAAUUUAUUAUUUAUUACACUAACUUCCCAUCCAAAUAUUCUCCCGAGGAUUUUUAACUUCUUAAUAUAAAUUGCUGCCAAGUUUGCAGGUAUUAAACUUUAAGAACAGUUCAUAUUUCAUUGAAAUUGUCUGAAAAAUAGUCAAAAACAACAAGGUUUAAUGAAUGAUUCUUUGUAAGUAUAUAUUUUAAUGAUGAUAUGAAUUUUUCUCCCUAAAAAAGGUAACUGGUCUGAAUUGGACGAAAUCUUCUGCAACCACAAUGAUAAGCUGAAAACAAGCUUCCCUACUUUCAUUCAUUAGAAAUUGUGUAAAUAUGUAAAGAGAUUUAUAUUCUGGAUUAGUUAGCUCAGUUUCUGGUGAGAUGCUUCUUGCAAAUAAUGGCAAUGUUUUUCCUACUACAGCCGCUCCUCUCAUCGAGUAUGCGAGUAAAAUGCCUCUGUUUUCAGCCACUGAAAGUUUUUAAUAGAUGGUGCUUGCUCAUUUUUAAAUUUUUCUAUUACAAUACUUUAUCAGAGUCAAAAAACACUGCGAAAAAGAAGCAAAAAUUAAUUCUUCUUUGUUUUGGCUUUAAUUAAAAGAGUUGCUUCCUUCUUAUGAAAAGUUUGUAGAAGGAAUCACAUUGCCUAUUGCUCGUCUUUCUUCCAUUUUGAAUUCUAAGUAGAUUUCAACCGUUCUUCCCUUGUUAUGAAAAUUAGUGCUAGGAAUAUUUAUUGAAAACAAUCGAAACUUAAUUCCAGAUAGAAAAGGGAAGCAUCUAAUCUAAUUUAACAUUUUAAAGGGGUUAAAUUGGAGCCCAAGUGAGGAAUUCAACCAAAAAAAGAGAAAGAAGAAAAAAAAGAAUAGAGAAAAUUAUAACUCCCUGAAAUUUUGUUAAUAUCAGUGUUUUGAGACGACACGAAUAUAAAAAAAAAGAAAUAUUAAAAAAGAAAUGAAAAAAAGAAAGAAAAAAAACUAUGUUUCAAAUAAAAACUGAGAAACCAGUAUUUUUGCCUAUAAAUAUUUGCUUUUAGUGAGGAGCACACUCAUCAAAGAAGCCUAAUUACUAAGGUUCAGACCUCUGAUUAAAGAUGAGUAAAAAAUAUAAGUGCUUGACUCAAAACUCAAUAUUUCACAGGGAUUUUGAAAUUUUUGACACUCUCCUAACUUGUAUCCUUGUUGAUAGAAUUGUAAAACUGGAAUGUAAAGCCAUUUCAUGAUUUCAUGAAUAAAUAAAAAUAAAUAAUAUGAAUAAAUAAAUAUUUUUGCUCUCAGCUUGGACUCGGAGUGUUUUAAAAACACACUUAUGUGUUCACACUCAGAGUGAAUCAAAUGGAAGAAAAUUGAGAAUUGUAAGAAACCCUUGCCAACUUUAAAAUAUUGAAACACUCAAGUCCUACUUAAAUAGUGUAAUUUAUUAUAUAUAGGUAAAGUUUUUAAAAGGCCAUUUACUUUAGGGUGUCCUUUUACGAUUAGGUUAAUUUUUUUUUUAUUUUGGCAUUUUAAUUGUUGUGUAAUUGUGCAUUUUCAUGAUUUUUGAGGUUAGGACAACAAUCGAAUCAGUUCAAGUAAGUUAGGGAUUUUGGAAAAAAUGCAAAAUCAAAUGUUUCUCCGGUAAGAAGACAAGAAGAAGGUAUUUUCAUCACCCUUCAAGGACCGAUUAUCUUGCUGACUGUUUUAUUACAGAGAUUAAAAAGAAGAAGAGUAUUUUUGCAACAAAAUAAUUUGCUUUUUUUGCUUACAACUUAACCUUAUUCGAAGAUGAUCAACAUCGAUGUUUAAAUUUGAACUACCUUCCUAUAGGAUAAAUUUAAGGAAUUUUUUUCGAUUCUUGUCCUCACCCCAUUGAUGUAAAGUCUCCUAGUGGUCUUUUUCUUAAUUCUUGAUAAAAAAAUCUAGCCUACCACUGAUCUGCAUAAUAAAUGCCCUUCCGCAUGAAAAUUCAGUGCAAUAAUCAGAGUUCCUAUGCUUUAGCAGUAACGGUCAGAUUAGGACAACCUAGUUAAAGAGUGUGAUGCUGAUGACUGGGCUCUAAAAAGCACUUUUAUGAACAGAAAUUGGGGAAAAGAUCACUUUGAAUCUAACCGAGCUAUUUUCUCAUCAUUUUCAAGGUGAUUGAAAAAUAACAUUGUGAGAAACAGAACCGAGUAGAUUUCAAUAGGGCGAGACAACAAACUGAAUGAUAUCACCAUCAGUGAGAGAAUCAUCAUCUGCCUUAAUUUGAAACAACUACUGCUGAUUGAAAUUGGUGAGAAAAUUUUGCUUGGCUGAUGGUCAGACUCUGUGCUUAGCAAAGUUCUGAUCAUUUUUAAUCAAAUAGCGUCAACUAGACGCACGAUGUUAAAUUUUGGUAAAAAUUAGGAUAUAAUUAAGUAGGUAAAUUAAUUAUAUUUUUUUUUAAUUUAUUUAGGAAGAAAUUUAACUUAUUUUUUUAAUACUAAAGUAGCAGUUAGCUUAAAUGUAAUUCAAAUUCAAAUACUAUAACAGAAUUGUACUUGUUGGCGUGAAUGAAUGUGGGAAUGCAUGAAAACUGAGUGUAUUUAUUUUAGUGACAAGCAACUUGUGAAUGUAAUGUGUUGGAAAUUGCAAUAAAAUUGUUCUCGAUAAAAAGAAACAACAUU